AUGCAAAACAAUUCCCGUAAAACAAAAGAAAUGUUCAUCGUAAGGGCAUUGGAAAAGAUUCUUGGUGACAAGGAUAUAAAGCGAUCUCACCACUCGCAACUGAAAAAAGCUUGCGACAAGGCUCUUGGUGAAAUAAAAGAAGAACUCAAAGAUGUAGGUCAGGUGGAAAAUGGAGACUUGCCAGCGAACAAACAAUCGGCUGCGCUGCCAUUGCCGAAAAAUGAUUCAAUGAAUGUAAUUUAUGCUGAAAAAUAUUUUCUACCAUUUGAAUUGUCCUGUCAAAGUAAAACGCCACGUAUUGUUGUAACCGCUUUGGAUUGCUUACAAAAAUUGAUUGCUUACGGCCAUCUAACUGGUAAUAUUCCGGAUUCGGCGAAUCCCGGAAAAUUUCUAAUCGAUCGUAUUGUGACGACCAUCUGUAACUGUUUCAAUGGGCCGCAAACCGAUGAAGGUGUUCAGCUACAAAUUAUCAAAGCAUUGUUGACUGUGGUGACGUCACAAAAUGUUGAGGUUCAUGAAGGAACCGUUCUGCAGGCUGUUCGAACAUGCUACGACAUCUACUUGUCCAGCAAGAACCUCAUCAACCAAACAACCGCCAGAGCCACCCUAACGCAAAUGCUGAACGUUAUUUUCACUAGAAUGGAGAACCAGGCAUACGAGAUUAACGAAAUUGCCGGCACAUCAACGAACACCGCAUCACAAUCAACGCCAUCAGUCGAUAGUGCUAAUGACAAUGCGAUCAAUACCGCGUCAGUCGACGAUAAAGAUGCCGACAAAGACGAGAAGGAUGAGAACAAUACGGAAGCAAUCGUCCGCGAAAUACUGAAUCAAAUUAUUGAUGAUGCUAUCACGGCUGUGGAGGCGAAACAAAACAGCGAGGACAAUAAGUCUCAAUCUUCCGUGGAUGUGGCUGGUGGCAUAGCAAGAGUACCGUCACAAGAAAGCAUGGAAGGCAAUAGUGAAAACGACAAUAUUGUUACGGCGAAAUUUACGCACAUCCUGCAGAAGGAUGCGUUUUUGGUGUUCCGAGCUCUCUGCAAAUUGUCGAUGAAACCGUUGCCGGAUGGCAUACCCGAUCCAAAGUCGCAUGAACUUCGAUCCAAGGUUUUGUCGCUUCAUCUGCUACUGUCCAUUCUACAAAAUGCUGGCCCCGUGUUCCAGUCGAACGAAAUGUUUAUCAUGGCAAUAAAGCAAUAUUUGUGCGUGGCUUUGUCGAAGAACGGCGUGAGCUCCGUGCCGGAAGUGUUCGAAUUGUCGUUGUCGAUAUUCGUUGCAUUGUUAUCGAAUUUCAAAGCUCAUUUGAAGAAACAGAUCGAAGUGUUUUUCAAGGAAAUAUUUUUGAAUAUAUUGGAAGCGACCAGCUCAUCAUUCGAGCAUAAGUGGAUGGUCAUUCAGGCGUUGACCAGAGUAUGUGCGGACGCUCAAAGUGUUGUUGAUAUUUAUGUCAACUACGACUGUGAUUUUUCUGCUGCCAAUUUGUUUGAGCGACUCGUUAAUCACUUAUCGAAAAUAGCACAAGGGAGGCAGCCACUUGAAUUGGGUGCGACUCCGAAUCAAGAAAAGUCAAUGCGCAUUAGAGGCUUGGAAUGCUUAGUGUCCAUACUGAAGUGUAUGGUCGAGUGGAGCAAAGAUUUAUAUGUCAAUCCUAACUCUCAAACAUCGUUGGGAGAACCAGUAGCUAAAAGCAACGGUGAAGACACCAACGACAAUUUUCCAUUACGAUCAGUCCAUGGUGGUUCUAGUCAGAGUAUUAAUUCCUUUGGAAGUGGAAACAAUCGAGAAGUUCUUGAUUUGCCUGGCGAGUUAGAAGAACGAAAACAGCGUAAGGAAGUAAUGGAAACAGGCAUCGACAUGUUCAACAGAAAACCGAAGAAAGGAGUUAGCUUUUUGCAGGACCAAGGACUGCUGGGAACAACUAUUGAAGACAUUGCUGCGUGGUUGCACGAAGAGCAACGAUUGGACAAAUCGAUCGUUGGUGACUAUUUGGGCGAAAAUGAUGACCACAGCAAAGCUGUAAUGUGUGGUUACAUUGAUGCAAUGGAUUUCGUGGACAUGGACAUUGUAGCUGCCCUCAGACAUUUCCUAGAAGGUUUCAGAUUACCGGGAGAGGCACAAAAAAUUGAUCGUUUGAUGGAGAAAUUUGCCAGCAGAUUCUGCGACUGCAAUCCGAACACAACCUUGUUUCCUAGCGCUGACACCGUGUACGUACUAGCGUUUUCUGUGAUUAUGCUGACAACAGACCUACAUUCGCCCCAGGUUAAACAUAAGAUGACCAAGGAACAAUACAUCAAAUUGAAUCGGGGAAUCAGUGACAGUAAAGACUUGCCAGAGGAAUAUCUGUCACAAAUUUACGACGAAAUUGCCGGGCAGGAAAUCAAAAUGAAAAACAACGUCUUAGCAAAGCCGGGCAAACAGAUUAUCGUGAAUGAAAAGAAGCGCAAACUUUUGUGGAACAUGGAAAUGGAAGCCAUGUCAUCGACGGCCAAAAAUUUGAUGGAAUCGGUGUCACAUGUUAAGUCACAGUUUACAUCAGCGAAGCAUUUAGAACAUGUGCGGCCUAUGUUUAAAAUGGCAUGGACACCAUUUCUAGCUGCCUUUUCCGUUGGUUUACAGGAUUGCGAUGAUCCAGAAGUGGCUAGUCUCUGUCUGGAUGGAAUCAGAUGUGCUAUCCGUAUCGCUUGCAUAUUCCAUAUGAGUCUAGAGCGAGAUGCAUACGUGCAGGCACUAUCACGAUUCACCCUACUGACCGCAAAUUCCCCAAUCACCGAAAUGAAAGCUAAAAACAUCGACACGAUCAAAACACUAAUUAUGGUAGCGCAUACGGAUGGAAAUUAUCUCGGCAGCAGUUGGUUGGACAUUGUAAAAUGUAUAUCGCAACUGGAAUUAGCUCAAUUGAUCGGAACGGGAGUUCGGCCGAAAUAUUUGUCUGGACCCAUAACACAACGGGAUGCGCUGGAUCCGAGUGUGAAGGAACACAUCGGAGAAACGAGCUCACAAAGUGUUGUGGUUGCGGUAGAUCGAAUUUUCACUGGUUCCAUUCGUUUAGACGGCGAUGCAAUCGUUGAUUUCGUUAGAGCGUUGUGUCACAUCUCGUUGGAUGAACUAAAUGGAGCACAGCCCAGGACAUUUUCGUUGCAAAAAAUCGUUGAGAUUUCAUACUACAACAUGGGCCGUAUCCGUUUGCAAUGGUCGAGAAUUUGGCAAGUACUCGGUGAGCAUUUCAACAUGGUUGGCUGCAAUCCGAACGAAGAAAUUGCCUUUUUCGCAAUCGAUUCAUUGCGCCAACUGUCGAUGAAGUUUAUCGAAAAAGGAGAAUUUUCGAAUUUCCGUUUCCAAAACGAUUUCCUGCGUCCAUUCGAGCACAUUAUGACGAAAAAUAGUUCGUCAUCGAUACGAGACAUGGUCGUUCGAUGUGUCGCGCAAAUGGUCAACUCACAAGCACACAACAUUCGUUCUGGAUGGAAGAACAUUUUUUCCAUUUUCCAUUUAGCAGCUGGCGACAAUGACGAGGCCAUCGUUGAACUGGCCUUCCAGACCACCGGCAAAAUAAUAAACGAAUUGUACCAGCGACAAUUUCACAUUAUGAUCGAUUCAUUUCAAGAUGCCGUCAAAUGUCUCUCCGAGUUUGCGUGUAAUGCACGGUUUCCAGACACCAGCAUGGAAGCUAUACGAUUGGUCCGCACCUGUGCUCUAUGCGUGCAUGCAUCGCCACAAAUAUUUGCCGAACAUGCCGGCAUGGAGAAUGACAUUUCGGUGUCGGAAGAGGAUCGUGUCUGGGUACGCGGUUGGUUUCCCAUGUUAUUCUCGCUGUCGUGUGUGGUGAACCGUUGCAAAUUGGACGUACGUACUCGAGGCCUUACCGUUUUGUUCGAAAUAGUUAAGACUCACGGCGAUUCAUUCAGACCGAACUGGUGGAAAGACCUGUUCAACGUACUGUUUCGAAUAUUCGACAAUAUGAAGUUGCCGGAACAGUUUACGGAAAAAGCUGAAUGGAUGACGACCACUUGCAAUCACGCAUUGUAUGCGAUUAUUGAUGUUUUUACGCAAUAUUUCGAUGAACUGGGUGAACUGUUGCUGACCGAUCUGUAUUCCCAACUGCAUUGGUGCGUACAACAGAACAACGAACAAUUGGCACGUUCCGGUACAAAUUGUCUGGAGAAUUUGGUGAUAUCAAAUGGAUUCAAAUUCACCGAGAACACAUGGGACAAGACGUGCCAGUGCAUGUUCAACAUCUUUAACUCAACCAUUCCAGACGAUUUGUUGACCUGGAGCCCAAGUCAAACGAGUCAACCGAAUCAACAACAUCGCCAACCUCAAAGCCAGUAUCCAUCGAGUGAAAAUCGCGACAGUAAAGAAAACAAGGAAGUGAGACAUGGAAUUCUAAAACGAACAAGUUCCGCCUACAGUAUUAACUCUGAAGACGACAAGGGCGAACGGUCUCAGAGUCAGGUGUUUGCCGCAUUACUCAUCAAAUGCGUUGUACAGUUGGAAUUGAUUCAAACGAUCGACAAUAUUGUGUUUUUCCCUGCAACAUCUCGUAAAGAAGACGCAGAAACACUUGCUAUGGCAACAGCAGACAUCAAAGGCGAUUUAACGAAGCGCUCCGAGUGUCAGCGUGAGGAUCAAGGCAUGUACAGCUACCUGAACACUACACACCUACUCCAAUUGACAAAUUGCCUGCUGAAAAGUCAUCGUUUUGCGAAGAAAUUCAACUCGGACCAUAACCAACGGAAUGUCCUAUGGCGAGCUGGGCUCAAGGGUUCGGUCAAACCGAAUUUACUGAAACAAGAGUCCACAUCACUAGCCUGUGUGCUGCGCAUUCUAUUCAAAAUGUAUUCCGACGAUUCGCGGUCGCAGGAUUGGUGCGAAAUCGAGAAACGAUUGAUAGCCGUAUGCAAAGAGGCACUGGAAUAUUACUUGGGAUUGCAGAGCGAGGCACAUCGUGACGCUUGGACGUCUUUGUUGUUACUUGUAAUGACUCGACUGAUUAAAAUGCCUGAUCAAAGGUUUGCAACUCACGUGUCCAGUUACUAUACAUUGCUAUGCGAAAUUAUGUGCUUUGACGUAAAACCUGAACUUAGGAGUGUGCUACGACGACUGUUUCUGCGCAUUGGUCCCGUGUUUAACAUAACAAGUUCAACAUAAUCGCUAAAUUUUUGUCGGAUUUAUUAUUUAUAAAGGAGCGAAGCAGAAACACAUUAAUUAUUCUACAUGAAACCAUUUAGCUGUUUCAGCAUACGCAGCACACACCAUACAAAAAAAAAACCAAUUCAAAUCCUAAACAAUUUUUAAUGGAAAUUAUAUAUUGUACUGUUAGCGAGAGACUUGUGUAUACUUUACAUUACUACAACAAAAAUUGAAUAUUGUUUACGUGACAUUACUAGACUACUUAAAAACGAUUAAAAUAAUAUUUAGUGUCCGACUGAGCUGAAUAUAAAAAUGCUACUAAAUGAGAAUAUAAAACGAAAAAAAAAAAGAUGAAAAACAAUUCUAGACAUGAGAAAAUGUAAAUAACUUUGUUUAUAGCGUAGCAAAAAAAAUGUAAUAAUGUUUAUUUUAUGGUGACAAAUGAAGGUCUGUUUGAAUACGGAAA